UAAUGAUCUUGAAUUUUGUGACGGUAGGAUCGGUGUCACACUCUUCAAUUUUGGCGGGCACCUUUUGGAUUACGUUAAAAAAGUUGAAACAACUUUAGUUAUAUUGUCGCCUGCUUCGCAGUUAUUGUGAUUUCUAACGGUUCUAACUGGUACCGGAUUAUUUUCAAUACGGUAUUUCGGAAGCAGCAGUUAACCAAAACCUACAAAUCAGUCGCUUUGGAGUUAUCUCUAUCUGGAUUUGUGAACUACAAGUAUGGCGUUUCGAUCUUCGUUUGCUCGAGCAGCUUUGUUAGUCAUCAACCUGUUUGUGUGGCUGGGAGGUUUAGCCAUUCUUGCCAUAGGUGCCUGGAUCGUUAGCGAUCUUGCGGCUACCAACACCGAAGCCGUUGGUGAAAGUGCGAUGUGGUCCAUAGGUGUAGCUGCAAUCGCAUUAGGUUCCGUUGUUACAAUUAUUGGAAUCAGUGGGUGCUGCGGAGCUUGGAAGGAGAGCGUAUGCUGCCUAAAAAUGUACGCUAUCCUGCUGUCGGUAAUCGUUCUUUUGGAAUUGACACUGGGUAUCAUGUCGAUUGUCCUGCCUGGUAAGAUGGAAUCAGAACUAGAAAAGGGAUUGUUGAAAAUGGUUGCAGCAUACAAUUUUGACAAGACUGCUACAGCCAAAAUGGAUUAUCUCCAGCAGACGCUACAUUGCUGUGGAUGUACAGGACCAGACGACUACGCACAAAGCACGAAUAUAUCAACGUCAAUAUACGACGUCCCAGCAUCGUGUUGUAUACCGGAAAAAGUGUGUGUAUUGGAAUUCGAAUCUGACAGUAUCUAUCAAACGGGUUGUUCUGAAAAAGCUCUAGAAUAUGCUGAAGAGUACCUUGCAGCCAUGAUCGCUGUUGCUUUUACAGUCGUAAUCUGCCAGGGAUUGUCUCUUGCCUUUGCCUUUUGUUUGAUCCGUUCAAUUCAAGACAAGGAUAAAGUCUAACCGGCACUUGCUGCAGCGCAGUUGUUUUAUUACUUAAUAUUUUGCAUGUUUGUGAGCAUAGUGCUUUCAAAUUAGUCAGUUUUUUACGAUAUUUCUGUCAGGUAAUGAUGGCACCAGGUGUGUCGGGGUGGGGCAGAUUUCUCUGUCGGGAAGAGCUAGAUAGCAUUCUGAACUUCUUCACAUUUGCUUGUAGCCAACGACGGCCGCCACCUGGGACAUCUCUCUACCCCUGGCCACCUGUCGGACAAAUCCUGAUCAACACUGCUACCAGGUGGAGAUAAUUUCGAGCUUAUUUUAGAUUAUAUAUAGAUUUUUAGACCUAAAUGCAUUAAGGCAAUAGUAGGAAUUUGCCAGCAUCAUAUAAUAAAGAGGGCAUUUGAAGGAGGAAUUUCGAUUUUUUUACUUAACGCUAAAUACAACGAACAUAUUUUACGAAACUGAUAAUUCUCCACGCUUCAUUGAUUUUACCUCAGCUAGCUAUAGUGGUGUGCGACUAAUCUCACAAAUUCCAUUCCCUGGUUCUCUACGUCCAUUUUGGUAAGCCAAGUGAAGUAGUUAAAUCAAAAGACAACGUAUAACGAUACUAAAACACAUUAGUAGAAUGUUAUAAGCAAACAGCCUUUUGUCCUUGUAGUAAACAUCUAUUUUAUUGCUCCAUUCUGUAAAUCAAUUUAGGCAGAAACGAAUAUUUUGAUUAUAAGCUACAAAAAUAAUAAACACAAUUGCUCAGGAA